CUGGAGUCGUACUGUUGCGUUAAUGUUGUGCUGUUAGAAAAAUUUUAAUUUCCCUACAGAUAUCUAAAUUCGAGUGUUAUUAAUUGUACAGUGAGCUCUACCAUCUAUAAUUCUAACAACAAAAUGUCGUUUUGUUCUUUUUCCGGGAGGGAAGUGUACAAAGAUCAUUUUAAACGAGGAAUAUAUGUUUGCUCCCAAUGUGCAAACCCACUGUUUUCAAGUAGAUCCAAAUAUGCCCACUCCUCACCUUGGCCAGCCUUCACAGAAACCAUCCAUAAGGACAGUGUAACUAAAGUGAUGGAGACACUCACAGCUUAUAAGGUUCUGUGUGGCAAGUGUGGCAAUGGACUAGGCCAUAAGUUUCUGAAUGAUGGUCCAGAAGAAGGCAUGUCAAGAUUUUGAAUUUUUAGCCACUCGCUGAAGUUUGUCCCAGAAGACAAGGUUGACAAGCACUAAAGCAAGGAUGGAGGUUGGGGAACAUGCUCUGUAGCUGCUGUUGCAUGCACGUUAAUGGGAUGCUCAGUUCAUGAAGUGGACAGGGAAAACUCCACCUGGAGCUCCUGUCCACAGAUGUAUGUGGUCGUCCUGCUCUGUAUCUCACUGCAAGACAGUUGUAAUAACAUUUUAAAAUAUGCACAAUAUUAUAGAAACAAAAACAAAUGCUUCCUCAUUUGUCAUAGUAAUGAAUAUUCUUCACUAAUCCAUAUGGGUUGGUAUGACUACUCUGGACCUAUGGUUCACAAACUGGGACCUAUGAUGUAUAGAUAUAAUUUAUUAUUACUUUUUUAAAGAGAGAUCAAAUACUAUUAAUGUUGUAGUUUUUUAUUUUACUUACUUUACUUAAUCCGGCCGCUGCUACCUCUACGGGGGUGUCGCGGGGAGAUGGAGUAGACGGUCUUGUGCUAGACGUGUCGCCUGUUGGGGUGUCAGGCCAAUGGUGCGCAGAGUCUCUGUCACACCAUCAAUCCAGCGGCGGCGUGGUCGUCCUCUAGCUCUCCAGCCUGACCCUCUGGUGUUGUAGGCUCUCAGGGCUGGUUGGGUAGGUGACAUUCUGGUGAGGUGUCCAAACCAAUUGAUCUGUUGGUGUGCAAUGUAAUUCUGGAUGUUUGUGGCACCAACCAUUCCUCUGAUCACGUCAUUCCUGAUCUUGUCUCUUCUGAUCUUGUCUUUUUAUUUUACAUCUGUAUAUAAUUAUAUAGUCAUUUGAAAAGAGUGAGGAUCGGGGGCGUCAUGGCUCAGGUGGAUAAGGCGCCAUACCAUAAAUCCGGGGACCCGGGUUCGAUUUGGACCUGAGGUCAUUUCCCGAUCCCUCCCCAUCUCUCUCCCACUCAUUUCCUGUCUCUACACUGUCCUAUCCAAUAAAGGUGAAGCAAAAAAGAAAAGAGUGGGGAUCAUCUAAAGCACAUUAACAUAUCAAGAAGUAUAAAUAUUUCAAUUUCAUUAAAAUUAGGAAAAAUAUGUUAAGCAUUUCAAUCCCACUACUGCAUCUGCUUUAGGGUGGAAUGUUCAGGAGCAUUCAGGCUACAACAAAUAUGUGUAAUGAUACAUGUUUUCAACUGUUUGUAAAAUAAAUUUGUUCUACUAUUAAUAAA